AGGGGGUGGGACUUGGCUGAAAUUGGUUGGGAUUCUGAAAAUAAUACCGCGAUUGUUUAUAAGCGGUUAUAACGAAGCUGUGUUAUGGCGCUAGAUAAACACUUCAUGUACGGGUGAUAUGAAGAUGCAUUUUAAAGGCUGCUAUGGAAAGAAUUCGUGCUCGUCGUUUUCUGCCUUUUGGUUCUUCAAGUUCAGCGGAAACCGUCAAACUCAGGACACGGAAAUCAAAACUUUACCGGAAGGAUAAGAACGCGAAUUCGCGCGUGCACAGUGUUUUCGGUGUCAGCAUCCUGCUUUUCUCUGUGGUUUUUCGUCUGGUUAACUGCCUGCUGGUUCAGACCAGCUUCGUGCCGGAUGAAUACUGGCAGUCGCUCGAAGUCUCCCACCGGAUGGUCUUCAGGUAUGGCUACGAGACGUGGGAGUGGAAGGAAGGGAUUCGAGGUUACUCGUACCCGCUGCUCUUUGCUGCAGUGUAUAAAAUACUCCACCUGCUGCGUUAUGAUACGGUUCAGCUCCUGAUCCUGUUACCUCGAGUUCUUCAGGCGCUUCUCGCAGCUCUCGCUGACGUAAAGCUUUACGAACUCACUCGCAAGUGGGAGAAUCCAGAAGCGGCCAAAUGGACAUAUUUUUGUCAGCUGUGCUCGUGGUUCACCUGGUUCUGCUCCACCCGCACCCUCACCAACAGCAUGGAGACCACGCUCACCGUCCUGGCGCUCAGCUGUUACCCGCUGCACGGCUCCAGAUCACACCACAGCUGGAAGUACCUCUCGCUCGUCGCCUUGGCCGCUAUCGUUCGCCCGACGGCUCUGAUCGUGUGGCUGCCGCUGCUGCUUCAUCACCUGUGGCGUGAGGAGAACAAGCUGAAGCUCAUCACGCAGCAGGGACUUCCUGUCGCGGCUGUCACACUGGCGGUUUCUACACUUAUAGACUGUAUGUUUUAUGGAAAGUGGACGUUUGUCCAGUGGAACUUCCUGAAGUUUAACGUGCUGCACAACGUGGCUGAGUUUUACGGUACACACCCGUGGCACUGGUACCUCACUCAGGGCUUCAUGGUGGUGAUCGGCCCGCACCUGCCCUUCUUCCUGCACGGCUGCACCCUCGCCGCCAAGAGACACCGAGUCCUGCUCACGAGCAUCGCGUGGACGCUGAUCGCCUAUAGUUUUCUAGCACACAAGGAGUUCCGCUUCAUCUACCCCGUGUUACCCUUCUGCAUGAUCUUCUGCGGUACUUCCCUGGUGAAGCUGCGCUCCUGGAGGAAACCUGCUGCAGGAGCUCUGCUGCUCUUAAACCUGCUCCCGGCUUUAUACACAGGUUUAGUUCACCAGCGUGGAGUCCUGGACGUUAUGGGUCACCUGCAGCACCUGUGUGACCUCAGAGACUCUCACAGCUCACCUGAGCCUCAUGUGCUGUUCCUCAUGCCCUGCCACUCCACUCCUUUCUACAGCCACCUUCACUGUCCAAUCACACUCCGCUUCCUGGAAUGUCCCCCGGAUCUCAGAGGAGAUCCAGAUUACGUAGAUGAAGCAUCCUUGUUCUACGCAGAUCCGCUCGGCUGGCUCGGGACGUCAUACCCCAACGGAUCCACACUUCCGUCACACGUAGUCUUGUUCCAUCCACUUGAGAAGGAAAUUUCCGCUUUUCUGGACGGAAACCGAUUUGUGAAGAAAGCUGAAAUAUUCCACACGCAUUUUCCUGAAGGACGGGUGGGACCGAGGAUUUGUAUCUAUGAGCAAUAAAUCAAAUCCAACUCAUGGAGCUUACAGAAUAAAUGCACUAUUGCUUUUUUAUGUAAAGUUGAAAAACUUGACAUGAAUGUGUGUGACAUUUCUAAUUAAAUACCUGUUUUGUAAAAACGUGUCGCAGAAG